GAUGUUCUCAACUUGGCUUCUGCUCCCAACUCUAUUCAUACCUCUAUCGUUAGCUCAAGUCCUCAAGCUUACACCCGGGAAAAUCCUGGGAUUCGAUUACAAAACCAAAGAUGGAGCGCAGGCAGAAGUCUACCUUGGUAUACCUUAUGCCAGAGCUCCUGUAGGGGAGCUGAGAUUCGAGAGGCCCAAGCCUCCCGAACCAUGGAACGACAUUAGAGACUGUAGAGAUUUUGCUCCAAUUUGCUAUCCUAUAGUACUAGAAGCAGUGGCUGCUGGAGAAGAAGCGAGCGAGGACUGCCUCAUGCUCAACAUUAUUCGCCCCAAAAAAGAGGCCCCAGAGGGUGGAUUUCCAAUAUUAUUUUGGGUACAUGGAGGUGCUUACGAAAUGGGUUCUGCUGUGGAAUGCGGUUACCAAGGCUUUGCUGAUAUCUAUGUGCCCAAUGACAUCAUUGUUGUCACUAUUCAGUAUCGGCUAAGUAUUUAUGGAUUCUUUUCAACGGGUGAUGAUCGUAUAAAAGGGAACAUGGGUUUGUAUGAUAUGGCUGAAGCACUAAAGUUUGUGCACGACAACGCAGCGAAUAUCGGAGGAGAUCCAUCAAGAAUUACCGUAUGGGGACAUAGCGCAGGAUCUGCCUCUGUCAGUCUGCUCAUCCUUAGCCCAGUUACGAGAGGAUAUGUUCGACGUUCCAUUGAAAUGUCCGGUUCACCAUGGGCAUCUUGGGCUUUGGGACCAAAAGUAGCUGAUAACUCACUGGCAUUGGCAAAGGAGCUAGGGUGCCAGGAAGAUGUCAAAAAAUGCAUGCAACAAAAAUCUGCAGAAGAGAUCUACGAUGGCAUCAAAAAAGUGGGUCUGCGAUUUAUCAAAUGGGGCGCUGUGAUUGAUGGAGAAUUUGUACAAGAACCAGAAGUGAUGGUUGCUGAUGCGCCACCAAAAAUGUCCAUUGUUGGAUCGACAAACAAAGAGGCCGCUCUUUUCAGUCUUCUGGGCACAAAACCUUUCCGAUAUUUCCACAGCCUCUAUGUCGCCCCGGAGGACUACAAAAACUGGAGUAAGCAACGGUUGAUCAAAAAGUUGAAGAGGCUUGUAGAAAAAGAAUACAUUGGGGGUCACCUCGAUGAGCUGAUGGACGAAAUUAUUCGCUUCUAUGUGGACAGAGGUGAAGAGGAAAAUAAUGAGAUCUACCUUGAUAGAUACACAGAGUUCCUCAGCGAUGUAUUUUUCAAUGUACCAGUAGCAAAUGGUGUCCUAGCUCGUCGAGCUGCUGGAUGGGAUAUUUAUGCCUACUACCUGGACCACUAUAAUGAUGCCAUAUGGGAUGGCAAAGUGCCAAAGAAGCUGCGAGGAGCCCCACAUUUUGCUGAAUUCCCUUACGUAAACGGUGUGGGACGUCUUGCUAAGUAUGACUUCACCAAGAAAGAACAAGUGGUAGCGGAUGUUUUCCGACAAUCAUUUGCUUCUUUUGUCAAAAAUGGAGCACCGACAAACAAUCAUGAAGUUUGGCUAGAUAUUGGUACAGAAGAUUUCCUUCGUUACCUAAGAGUCACCCCAGAUCCCGAGAUGAGGGAUGGGUUCCACAAUGAUUCUCUUACCUUUUGGCAUGCAACUCGCAGAUUCGGAUUCGAUGUGACUAAUCUGCAACCAGUGAAAAAAGACGAGGAAACCAAGGAGACCAAGCAGGAGCUGUAGAAUCGGACUGAAUACGGGCUCAGAACACAAUCGGUUCAUGUUAUAGUACCACAAUCACUUCUUGUCGGUAUUUCCAAUGAUAUAAAACUGAUUUAUCAGAUAGGAUAGAUAAAGAAAUAAAGAGAC